AUGGCUGCCUGGGGCGUCCUUGUCCUGUGCUGGGCCCUGGCCGAGGCCACCCCCGACUGCCCUGUCCCCUGCGCCUGCCGCAGCCUGCCCUCCAUGGGGCUGGCCGUGGACUGCAGGUCCCGGGGCCUGGGGACCCUGCCCGCCCUGCCCGCCCGCACCCGCCGCCUGCUGCUGUCCAACAACAGCCUGAGGACAGUGUCCCCAGGGGCCCUGGACCACCUGCCCCAGCUGCAGGCCCUGGAGGUGGCCGGCAACCCCUGGCACUGCGACUGCCACCUCACCUACCUGCGCCUCUGGCUGGAGGACCGCCUGCCCCAGGCCCUGGAGGAGCUGCGCUGCGCCAGCCCCGACCCGGCCACCGGCCGUCCCCUGGGCCACCUGACCGGCUUCCAACUGGGCAACUGCGGUUGGGACAUCCAGGACACCGGGGUCUACCUCGGGGUCUGGUGGGACGUGGCCCUGGGGGCCGUGGCCAUCCUGGGCCUGGUGCUCCUGGCCCGGCUGCUGUGCGUCUCCACGGAGCCCUGGCCCUAA